AUUCCAGAGCGGGAUUAAGUAUAGAUUUUUUUUUUGUUUUUUUUUAAAUUCAACCAAUUGUUAGUAACCGAAAUGCUGCGAAUGGAUACGGUGCAUCGUGAUAAAGAUCAGGUGGUAAUCUUGAAGAAGGCCAAUUACUUGCCCUAUCUGGUGAACCUGUUCAUUCCGAAGUUGUUUUACCCAGAGAAGAUUGUGGUGGCCCGCCUAUAUCUCGAUGUCAAUAAGCACGAUAAGCAGGCAGCCGAAAACUUCGAGGGAACCGAGACCCCAUGCUUUGAUGUGCCGCCAUCCCUGUUCGCGGAUAAGGUUCCAAUGGACAAGAUUGUCUUUCUGCCAACGUCCAUGUUGCCCAUGGGCUUCGAAGCUGGCGGUGUUUUUGGGCCGGGUAUCCUUACGCGUCGUUCCUAUCCCAUUGACUUGAAGGCCGCGGGUCACAAGGGUCAAACGCCGCCGCUGUUUGUCGGUUUGCGCAUGGAAGUCCAACCGCCGACAAGGGUCGAGAGUCUCCUAAAAAAAGACGGUGAGUCCCAACCAAUUCAGGACACAUUGAUGAAUUGGUUGCAUGCCAGCAAUGAUCUUAUAAAUGGGGCACAGCCAAAAGGACAAGAGCUUCGUGAUGAAUUUUCGCUAUCGAUGGUCUUCAAUUUGCCAAUACCACCGAGUCCACCAUCGCCCUAUUCAUAUGGCCGUAUCCCGUUGCAGUGCAACAUUUAUACGCCGGAUCUGUCCAAUGUUCUGUUGCUUAUGUCGCACCAACGCGAUCUUACGGUGGCGAUACUGUCCACCGUUAACAAUCCGCAUGUUCCAUCUGUGGCAUUCGCCACCAUGGGCGAUGAUGCGGAGUGCCCCAAGUUCGAGCUGCCCAUCGGAGUCUUUCCCAUUUGUGAGGGCGUCAAUCGACCAAUUUUUCUGCCCAAACGUUUCAUGCCCAAAGGAUUCGAAGCCGGUUGCGUCAUCAAGCCGGGAACUCUAUCCGAACUGUGGUUCAUGGACUACAUCGGACGUUUCGGUCCACCACAGCCACAGUAUAAUGGUUCCAUCACACCACCGCUAUUCGUUGGCAAGAUUUGUCGCGAAGAGCCGGCCGUCGAUAUGAUAAAGAAAAUUCAAUUUGAGAUCGAAAAGAAAGCCAGCGAUGAUGCUGAGUCAAAGGCAACGCUAGCAGGUGUCAAACCUAAAUUUGAUAUUUCCAUCACCAAGGGCUUUAUGGUAAUGGAAACGAAGGAGCCGAAGUCACCAAAGGGGGCAUACAGUGUGCAAAACUACGACGAGGCCUUUGAUGAUGGAUGCAUUGUGAGGGUGGUUAAGAAACCGGCCACUGCUGAAGAAGCCACAGAAACUCGAGAAAGGAAUGAAAUGUGUACAGUGGGCGAUCAGUCGCAGGAGUUGGAUAAAUGCUCAACUGAGGCUGAUCAGAAAUACCUAUCGUGCUUUCAUGUUGAUAGCGACAUUGAUAAUAUUGCCAUGGCCAUGGCCCGUUUGGGCAUCGCCGAUAUGAGUCUGCACGCCGACGAGGAGGAAUUGUGCGGCAUCGAUGGUGAUAACGCUUUGAUUCAGUUGCGUCAUGUCCUCGAGGAUCGUAAUCAAAUACGCUCCCACACUGACCAGUUGAUGCAGGAUCAUAUCUUUCGAAUGAAUCGCGAUCGGAUGCUGGCCCUGCGUCAGCCAUUUACUUGUUUCGGAUGCGGUAUUCAUGAAAAAAAACAAUAGUCCAAAUGUUGGAUGCUGUAACUCAAUAAACUUUUAAUUCAACUACCAAUCGAAUGAUAUUUACAGCUGAAAAUGUUUUAUUUUGACUGUUUUGUUUAAUAAAAAGUUAAAUC